UUUUCCAUUUAACACCAUAAUCAACUUUUGUUUUUCUCUCAAUCCCUAAACCCUAAAACCCCUUCUUCUUUUUCACUUCCUAAAUUCGUUAAAAUAAUUUAUUGUUGCAGGCUUCGUAUAGCUCCUCAAAGUUUCUAGAACUUUCUCUCCAUCGCCUAACAUAAAGAGAAGGAGAGAAAGAGAGGGAAAAGAUGGUUUGGUUUCAGUGUGAAGACUGUGGAGAUAACCUUAAGAAACCUAAAUUGCCCGGCCAUUUCCGAAUUUGUUCUGCUUAUAAGCUAUCUUGCAUUGACUGUGGAGAGAUUUUUAGUCGCCAAACAGUGGAAAGUCACACCCAAUGCAUUACUGAAGCGGAGAAAUACGGGCCGAAGGGCCAAGGAAAAGCUUCAAAUGGAACUCCUGCCAAAGCCAGCAAUGAUUCAAAGCAGAAGCCUGAUGUAGAUAUCAAUGUUGGAUUGUCAGACCGUCCGCCUUGGUUUUGUAGUUUGUGUAAUACCAAUGCAACUAGUAAGCAGACACUACUUCUCCAUGCUGAUGGUAAGAAGCACAGAGCAAAGGCACGAGCUUUCCAUGCUAAGCAGCAGCCUAAGCAGACUGAACCAACUGACAAUGGUGUGGAGGCCUCGAAUGACAACGAUCAUAAGAAUGAGAUUCCUGAGAACAAAACUGGUGAGGUAUUGAAGGAGAAAAACUUGAAAGAAGCAGAAAAUGGUAAUACUCACUCAAAGAAGAAAAGAAAAGACAGGGAAUCUGAAAAUGGUGACGCCAAGCCAUCUGGUGAAUUAGAUAAUGGUGAAGUAAUCCAGGUUGAAAAGGAACAGGAAACUAAGCGUAAGAAGAAAGCCAAAAAAGAAACAGUGAAAGAAGAUGAAGCUGUCGUGGAUGGUUCUAAUGGAAACGACAGCAAGAAGAAGAUAAAGUGGAAGAAACUGAUCACAUCAGCUUUGAAAUCUAAUUCUGAUGGUGUUCUGAAGUUGAAGAAACUUAAGAAGGUUGUUCUGAAGUCUAUGAAUGAGUCUGGCAUGGUAAAAGACGAAAGCCAAGUCAGCGACACAAUUGAGCAUAAGAUAAAUUCAAGUUCUAAGUUCGUUGUUGAUGGCAAAUAUGUGCGACUGGCAGCGAAAAGUUCCUGAGAAUUUCAUUUUGGAAGCAUUAUUAUUUUUACAAUGAUUGUUUAGGCAAUUUAUUGGCGGAAAAAAAAACAUUCUAGAGCCAAAGCUAUAAAACAAGCUUCACCUGUGAUCCAUACCAUCGACCUCACGACCUCAAUUUGAAGGGAAUCUAUUCCCAAGUUUUGUCCAUGCUAUUGAAGUUUUAUAGAUUGAAUAGAUACUUUAUAUCUUGUAAGAAAACUGUUGAGGAUUUUUAUGCGAGAGGGACUUUUUUUUUUAAA